GCAUGGCAGAUUCUCAGGCGGCGGCGGUGUCUUCAUCGACGUUGAAAAUAGACACAGUCUCCAUCUCUGAAACUGCCAAGACAGCCUCGGCCAUGGCUGUUACCUCAGUAGCCGCGGCGAUCGCGGCCGCGGCCAGGACCGGAUCCGAAGCCAGGGUCUCCAAGGCCGCUCUGGCCGCUAAGCUGCUGUCGCUCAGCGGCGUGUUCGCGGUGCGCAAGCCCAAGGGGCCCACCUCGGCCGAGCUGCUCAACCGGCUGAAGGAGAAGCUGCUGGCAGAAGCUGAAAUGCCUUCCCCAGAAUGGACCAAGAGGAAAAAGCAAACUUUGAAAAUUGGGCAUGGAGGCACUCUAGAUAGUGCAGCCCAAGGCGUUCUAGUGGUUGGCAUUGGAAGGGGAACAAAAAUGUUGACCAGUAUGUUGUCAGGGUCUAAGAGGUAUAUUGCCAUCGGAGAGCUGGGGAAAGCUACUGACACGUUAGAUUCUACAGGAAAAGUAACAGAAGAGAAACCUUACGAUAAAAUAACACAAGAAGAUAUUGAAGGUAUUCUACAGAAAUUUACUGGGAAUAUAAUGCAGGUACCCCCUCUCUAUUCAGCACUAAAGAAAGAUGGACAGAGACUUUCCACUUUAAUGAAGAGAGGUGAGGUUGUAGAAGCAAAACCUGCCAGGCCAGUUACUGUGUACAGUAUCUCCCUCCAAAAAUUCCAGCCACCAUUUUUCACAUUAGAUGUUGAAUGUGGAGGUGGUUUUUAUAUCAGAAGCUUGGUCAGUGACAUUGGCAGAGAACUCUCUUCCUGUGCCAGUGUGCUAGAGCUGACCCGAACCAAACAGGGACCAUUUACCCUGGAAGAGCACGCUCUUCCCGAAGACAAGUGGACGAUUGAUGACAUUGCCCAAUGCCUUGAGCAUUGUUCAUCCUUUCUCCCUGCAGAGUUGGCACUUAAAAAAUCAAAACCUGAGCAGGUUUUGAGCUGUGAAUAUAUAACCCUAAAUGAGACAAAAGGAGAGGAUGAUGGAAUUAAGACACUUUGAGUUUGGCUUGGAAGUAUCAUUUCCUGGUUGAUAUUGAAUCCUAUGUAAAGAUGCAGAAUUCAAAGAACUUGACAACUAUUUUUUUUUGCAUGAAGAAAAAUGACCAUCGUUUAUAAUCCUUAUAGCAUGCAGUUUAUGUAUUAUAUGUGAUGUAUAGCCUUGAACUCAUUCAGUUUUUUGAAGAUGUUUUUAUGUAGUUAAACUAGACUUUGACUGGAUUCAGGAAAAUUAACUUUCUGGAUUUGAUCUUCAGUCUUUUUCUUGUGAAAAAGUGGAACAACAAUGCUAACUAAAGAAAAAAGAAGUAUGAUUUACAUGUUUCUUUAUUUCAUAGAAGUGCCAUUUUAAUUUUAUUCAGGCUUUUCCAGGUGGUCUCAAUGCUUUGAAAUUCUUCAAGUAUGUGUGAAAUGGCCAUUAUUGAUCUCUUUUAUUUUGGAGAGUUCAAUAUUAUUAAAAACAUUAAGCCGAUAAGACUGUACUCAUCUAGUACUGAGUAUGUUUAUUUAGAUCUUGGAAAUGAAGUUUUAUAAUAUUUGUAAAUGAGCAAAUUAUGGCUAUUACUACUAAUAGUAUGUAAAUAGAAAAUUCAUAUUUAAUUAACUUCACCUCUGCCUUUAGAGUGGGUCACUGAGCUCCUGUGGCUUUGUAUCGUGGCAGCUAUGAGCUAUUUCUUUCUAUCAACAGUCUGCUACUUUGUAGCAGCUUACUAAGUGACAUAUUUUUAAAAUUUUUUUUUUUUGGUCAGUCAUG